GCUGGUGUGAUCGAGCUCACGUAGCGAGGGCUGCAGUCGCCUCCUCCUCGGCGCUGCCGUCGCGGCCUAAGGAUAUAAAAGGGCUAACUGGCUCCCUCUGCUGCCCAGUCGCGCCGCCAGCGGGCUUAGGGGAGUAGGUAGCCUGCUCGAGCGAAGGCUACCGACCCGAGACUGCAGAACGCGCCGCCCUCCCGUCCCACUUCCCAGGUGUGUGAGCCUGUAAAAUUAAGCCUUUGAAGAUGAUCGGGUGCAUUUUAGUUGUAGAGAUUCUACUUUCUCAGUCUUUGGCCCAUCCAGGGUUUUUUACUUCAAUUGGUCAAAUGACUGAUUUAAUCCACACGGAGAAAGAUCUGGUAACUUCCCUAAAAGACUAUAUUAAGGCAGAAGAGGACAAAUUAGAACAAAUAAAAAAAUGGGCAGAGAAGUUAGACCGGUUAACCAGCACAGCGACAAAAGAUCCAGAGGGAUUUGUUGGACACCCUGUAAAUGCAUUCAAGUUAGUGAAACGUCUGAACACUGAGUGGAGUGAGUUGGAGAAUCUGGUCCUUAAGGAUAUGUCAGAUGGCUUUAUCUCUAACCUAACCAUUCAGAGACAAUACUUCCCUAAUGAUGAAGAUCAGGUUGGGGCAGCCAAAGCUCUGUUGCGUCUCCAGGACACCUACAAUUUGGAUACAGAUACCAUCUCAAAGGGUGAUCUUCCAGGAGUAAAACACAAGUCUUUUCUAACAGUUGAGGACUGUUUUGAGUUGGGCAAAGUGGCCUACACAGAAGCAGAUUAUUACCAUACAGAACUGUGGAUGGAACAAGCACUAAGGCAGCUGGAUGAAGGCGAGGUUUCUCCCAUCGAUAAAGUCUCUGUUCUAGAUUAUUUGAGCUACGCGGUCUACCAGCAGGGAGACCUGGAUAAGGCACUUUUGCUCACAAAGAAGCUUCUUGAACUAGAUCCUGAACAUCAAAGAGCUAAUGGUAACUUAAAAUAUUUUGAGUAUAUAAUGGCUAAAGAAAAAGAUGACAAUAAGUCUGCUUCAGAUGGCCAAUCUGAUCAGAAAACCACACCGAAGAAAAAAGGGGUUGCUGUGGAUUACCUGCCAGAGAGACAGAAGUACGAAAUGCUGUGCCGUGGGGAGGGUAUCAAAAUGACUCCUCGGAGACAAAAGAAACUCUUCUGCCGCUACCACGAUGGAAAUCGGAAUCCUAAAUUUAUUCUGGCUCCAGCCAAACAGGAGGACGAGUGGGACAAGCCUCGUAUUAUCCGCUUCCAUGAUAUUAUUUCUGAUGCAGAAAUUGAAAUUGUUAAAGAUCUAGCAAAACCAAGGCUGAGCCGAGCUACAGUACAUGACCCUGAGACUGGAAAAUUGACCACAGCACAGUACAGAGUAUCUAAGAGUGCCUGGCUGUCUGGCUAUGAAAACCCUGUAGUGUCUCGAAUUAAUAUGCGAAUACAAGAUCUAACAGGACUAGAUGUUUCCACAGCAGAGGAACUACAGGUAGCAAAUUAUGGAGUUGGAGGACAGUACGAACCCCAUUUUGAUUUUGCACGGAAAGAUGAGCCAGAUGCUUUCAAAGAGCUGGGAACAGGAAACAGAAUUGCUACAUGGCUGUUCUAUAUGAGUGAUGUGUUAGCAGGAGGAGCCACUGUUUUUCCUGAAGUAGGAGCUAGUGUUUGGCCCAAAAAGGGAACUGCUGUUUUCUGGUAUAAUCUGUUUGCUAGUGGAGAAGGAGAUUAUAGUACACGACACGCAGCCUGUCCAGUGCUGGUUGGAAACAAAUGGGUAUCCAAUAAAUGGCUCCAUGAACGUGGACAGGAAUUUCGAAGACCAUGCACCUUGUCAGAAUUGGAAUGACAAACAGACCUCUCUCUGUCCUAUUGUACCCUCAUGUGUCUGAUACACACACUUCCCAGUCUUAAGCUUCAAGAGUUUACAAAUGACUAACACUCCAUGGUUGAUCCAGUCAUGAACCUCAUCCCAUGUUUCAUCUGUGGAGAAUCACUAACUUUGUGGGUUUUCUUUUAGAAGUAACACUAAAUCACCACAUUGUACAUAUAAAACCUUAAAGUUCAGUUGGUAUCACAGAGGACAAAGCAAGGCAGUAUUAAAAAUGAGGAAUUUUUACAUUUGUUAAAGAACUUUUUUUGAUUGGAUAACAAAAUACAAUUUAUGCAUCUAAUUAUAUAGUAUUUCAGUACAUCUGUGGGUGACAGGCGAGAAUGGGCCAUGAGAUUAAGGGACAGAUGCAUUAGAGUAUGUUCCCAGGUAUUACCUAGUCUUAACUUUUCUGGAUCGGCCUGAGGACUAGGAGGAAACUGGCUGUGAAGACUGGGUUCCAUACAGUGUUUUCCCUCCAUAUACUAUUCUAAUUGGAUUUGAUCCUCUCAAGUCCUUUUUAAAGUAUGCUGUAUUUUACCAGUCCCCUUCUUUCAUAGCUCCUCUGCGAAUUAAAUCAGUUAAAGUACUUUGAUUAAAAAAAUUUUUUUAAACAGAAGGUCCUAUAUUAAAAUGCUGGGCCUAUGGGCCUUCUUAAAUGAUCAUCACUUAAUCUGUUCCUCCUUUUUCUUAAAUGACUGAUGAUUUUGUCCAAAAAAUUUUGCUUUUUUUUUUUUUUUAGUGCUAAUACCUUGCAUCUUACUCCUGCUGCAUGAGCAGGGGUGGUGAUAUUGGCAUUCUGACUAAAUAUCGUGCCUUAGGAGACUGGAAACUUUUAAAUGUACUUUCAGUGAUGAGGGAAUUGAUUAAGAGAACAAGAGGAAUCUUUUCCCUAAAAAGCCAAAAUGUUUGUUUUUUCAAUUCUGAAAUGUGUUGUGACAAUAAUGACCUAUUUAUGAUCUUAAAUCUUUUUUU